AUGACUGCAGCUGCUGUUUUAGAGGAAGUUUUGGUGUCGUCGGCUGUCACUGCUGCUGGACUGCUCGCCGUCGGUUCUGCAAAAAAGGAGAGGAAAAAGAGGACGAAGGAGAAGAGGAGAGCAAGAGGGGGGAGAAAAGAAGAGGGAGGCGGAGAGAGGGGUUCAAGCGGGGAGAGAGAAGGAAAGAGAAGAGGCGAUGAAGAAGAGAAGAGGAGGAGGACGGCGGGAGAGGGGCAACUGUUGGUCGGAGAAUGGCGAGAAGAGAGGGGAGGGUCGCCGGAAAAAGAAAAAGGAAGAGAGAAAGGGAAGGCGGCGCUGAUAGAGAGAGGGGAGGGAGAGGAGAAGAGUGGAGGGAGAAAGAGGGGAAGAAGGAGGGAGAAAGAGGAGGAGCGACGGGUGUUGGGAGGAGGCUGCCGGAAAAAAAUGGGGAGAAAGAGAGAUGGGGCUGGCGGCUACCAAGGAGGGGGAGGGAUAAGAAUGAGUUAA